CCCAAAAAUCAAGCUGAAACCUUUUGUGUAUUUUUCACUUAAAUCCACCACAAAUGCCAAUAAAGAAUCACUGCGUACGGCCAGGGCGUGCGGCACUGCGGUGGGAGAAGCAAGUUAUUUCGCGAUGCUUCCUCGUGAUAAGAAGAGGAGUCAUGUGACACGACAACGCACCAAAUAUGGAAGAAUCGGUGACUCUAUCGCCCGUAAUAUUCGGCGUACCUCGGAGCCUCUCGGAAAUUCUCGGGAAAAAGUCGAAAAUUCCCAGCGGCCAGUGCGGUCAGGGAAAGUUUAGCCCCGCGACUCUCGGACGUGUCCUCAUCAUGGCACCGAAAAGGAAAGCGGUCCCAGAGCGUAAGACGUCCAGGAAGAAACCAACAAUCCCUUCAAUCGAAUCAUUUUUCGCCCGUGUUCCUCAGCAAGAGAACAACAACAACGCCGACGAUUCCCGAAGGGGUGAGCUGCAAAACAAGUCGUCAGAUACAGAGACCACUGUCACUACACAGAUGACGUCAGCAGAGACGGACCGGGAGAAGGCGCCGACCACAGCCACUACACAGAUGACGUCAGCAGAGACGGAGAAGGCGCCGACCACAGCCACUACACAGAUGACGUCAGCAGAGACGGAGAAGGCGCCGACCACAGCCACUACACAGAUGACGUCAGCAGAGAAGGAGAAGGCGCCGACCACAGCCACUACACAGAUGACGUCAGCAGAGAAGGAGAAGGCGCCGACCACAGCCACUACUCAGAUGACGUCAGCAGAGACGGAGAAGGCGCCGACCACAGCCACUACUCAGAUGACGUCAGCAGAGACGGAGAAGGCGCCGACCACAGCCACUACUCAGAUGACGUCAGCAGAGACGGAGAAGGCGCCGACCACAGCCACUACUCAGAUGACGUCAGAAGAUACAGAGACGGAGACCCCGACGUCUGCUAAUUGUGACUGCAAAGGAUGUACCAUGAAAGGUCCUACUGCGUUUCAGCCAAAAGAUCCUGCAGUCCUCGGUACAUUUCAGAACAAGGGCAGAAAGUUCCUCUCCAGCUGGUACACGGACCGCGGGUGGGUCACACUGUGCACACAACGGCGCAAGGUGUUCUGUGCCACUUGUCGCUACGCUACACAACGUAAGCUCUUCGCCCUUUCUACUAAAGUCGAACCUGCCUUCGUAUUUUACAACUCGAGUCUGAAACAGAGAAAAAGAAAGCAGUUAUAUCAAUUAAAGCAUUUCAAUCUUUGUUGGUGAAACACAGGACGGCCCAUAAUUGUGGCCUAGUUUUACAAGACGUAAUACUUUAUUGGGAAUGAAUUGCGUCAGAUGCCCCGCCCUCAAGUCGCGUGGGCCAGUAAGUUUUCCCUGAAGAUGUCACUAAACUCAGCUAUCUAUGUCAGCAAAAUUUGCCGACCAAAAUGCAGGAAAUAGCGUUUCAGAGGGUCUAGAUUUCAAAUUUUUCCGGGGGAGCAUGCCCCCGGACCCCCCUAGUAGGGUCGCGCCUUCGGCGCGACCGCGCGCGCCUACGGCGCGCGCCCAGGCGAAUUCGGUCAUAUUGAGGUGGAUCAAAUCUCGCCCCCCCAGUCAA